GUAAAGUACCUGGUGUACAGUAAACUGUACUCAAAACAAGGCAAACCUGUUCUUAACAUUCUUUUGGUGAGGGAGGCAUUAAUAAGUGUCUCUCCACUUUAUUGCUUCAUUUUCACAGAGGUAACAGCAAUGGGAAAUGCUGCUUGUUGUAAACAAUACUGCCCAGGAUGCCCAUGCUCUUGCUGCCUUUGCCCAGAGGAGAAUGAUGCUUUAAUCUACUGUAACCCCAUGAGUGUCAGUCUGUAUGACUACACUGCUCGCACUGUUGAGGACCUGAGCAUACAGAAGGGGGAACGACUGGAAAUAAUAAAGGAGGAAGGGGACUGGAUAUAUGUGAGGAAACAAACAGAAGAGUGCAAGGAAGAAGAGGGAUAUGUUCCCAGGAGUUUUAUUAGGCUGGUGGGGAGCAUUGAGGCUGAACCCUGGUACUUUGAACACAUUACCAAGCGGAUGGAUGCCAAGAGAUGUCUGCUUAGAGUGGAAAACGGGGAAGGAGCCUUUUUGGUGUGGAAGAAUAAGGAGCAAGGGCACUAUUAUCUGUCAGUACGGAAUGGAGAUGCAGCGAGACACUACAAAAUACUGGAAGCUGUAGACCUUUUUUAUCUUGUGGAGCGUAAAAAGUUUAUCAGUGUUUCUCAGUUGGUGAAAUACUAUACACAGCAUGCAGAUGGACUAUGUGCUCAACUCAACAAGCCCUGUGUGAUGCUCGACUUACCGUCCAUCCCUACCCUGUCCCACUUCACUGCUGACCAAUGGGAGGUUGAGAGAAGCACCUUGAAGAAAGUAAAAUGGCUGGACAGAGGCGAGUUUGGAAAUGUGUGGGAAGGAAUCUGGAACAAUACAACCGAUGUGGCAAUCAAGGAGCUCAGUGUAAGCUCCCAGUUUAAGGAACAAAUCCUGAAUGAAAUUGUGAUCAUGAAAGACCUAAACCAUGAAAGGUUGCUAAAACUCUAUGCUGUGUGCACACAGGAGGAACCCUUCUAUAUUGUCACUGAGCUCAUGAGGAAUGGGAGUCUCUCUAAGUUUCUUAAGGAUCACAAUGAAAAGAAAGAUUUGGAAUUUUCUUUGAUGAUUGACUUUGCAGUUCAGAUUGCAGAAGGCAUGUCUUACCUGGAGAGACAGAACAUUAUUCAUAUGGAUCUGCGAGCAGAUAACAUUCUACUGACUGGAAUGCUGUCCUGCAAGAUUUCUGACUUUGGCCUGGCUCAGUUUACUAAUACUCAGACACAGAUGGAAGGUGUAAAAGUCCCUAUAAAAUGGAUGGCUCCAGAGGUAUUCAAUAGAAACGAAUUCACCAUCAAAUGUGAUGUAUGGUCCUUUGGUGUCCUUCUCACUGAAAUUAUUACAUAUGGACAGGAGCCAUAUCCAGGUAUGGGUAAGACUGACUGUGUAAAAUUCCUGUUAAGUGGGAUGCGCAUGUCACCUCCUGAAGGCUGCCCAGACUCACUCUAUGACAUCAUGUUGCUAUGCUGGAAACAGAACUCGUUGGAAAGGCCAGCAUUUAUUGAACUACAUGGGAAGCUGCUAAAACUGAUACAGGCUUCUCUGGUAGAGGAGACUAUAGGUGGACCGGAAGAAUGAAGCCACAACUAGGAAAUAGGUCUACUGGAAACCUUAAACCUUAGUAUUACCAUGGUGUGGCCAGCAUAACUGACUGUAGUCUGUCUGCUAGAGAAUUCCUUUACAGAGACAUCAGAGAAGCAGCUUGGAUCAAACGACUGAUACAAAUAUAGUGAAAUGGAAUCCAAAGAAGUGUUCCUGUUUGGUUGGUCAAACAAACCCAGCUUUUUAUUUAUGUGAAAGGCUUUCAGCUUCGAGCACAGAAAUGGCUAAUUAGUACACGCCAGGAACUGCUGUGUAAUUCCAGUAGUACUUUACACUGAAGCACAUUCAUGAAUCAUUUAAACCACAUGAGGUAUUAUACAUAGCAAGUGAGUUUAUUUUACCCUACUAAAUAAAAUGUUUUAUAUAAUUUGCACUUUGUUUUGGAGGUGUGUGUUGUUGCCACUUGGCAACAUUACCAGAUAAGGGAAUAUUUACUGCGUUUUUGGUUGAAUUCUGUAUUGCUAUAAUUAUAACAAAUAUAUAAAAAAUUACUGUAGCUGUCAAGAAAUCUAAAUUUGACAAACACUGGAAAAAAUAUGUAGCUCCGCUGCUGGAAUGUCUCGCUCCGCUGUCAGUGGUGAGGACACCCCGGUAGAAGAAGGAGGAGGUGAGGAGACCUCCACCAGAGCCCCCAAUCACAAACCCAUCCCCAAGGAUCCAUGUGGGGAAAAACAGACAUGAGGGGAGGGGGCCGAUGACAGCCAUGUGUGCUGCGCACAUAGGGGAGAGGUAUGUGCAGUGUGCACAGGUAUGUGUGGGGAAUACUGGGUGGCAGGGAGGGAGUUAAAAUCCUCCCUGCAAAAACACAUGGAAAUAUGGCUGGAGCCGUAAAUUGAAUAAGUGCUUAAAUAAUUAAGGCUCCAGCCAUGGGUGUAUAAAAUAGGUUUUCAUGGGUGAUAAUUAGAAAGGGUAGAGGGGGUGGUCUGUGUUUCAUGUUCCAUGCUGUGCUAUCUGUUUGUUUACGUUUCGGGAGUUUUUGUAGAACCUUUUGUUUUGUCCCUUGUGCCUUUUAUUUUGUCAAGAGUGUUUUGUUAAUUGUUUUGUACCGUUUUUAUUGUGUUUAUUUGUUUAUUUAACCAUGCAGAUUUCGGUGACUGAAUUUCUGUCCCUGCAAUACCAUCUGGACUGGGAGGCUACUCCGCCACAUAAUUAUUGUUAUUGUAUUUCUUGCUCUUAUUGUAUUACUUGUAUUGUAACGUAUUGUAACGCUUGAAAUGUUUUUGCUUACGAUUGUAAGUCGCCCUGGAUAAGGGCGUCUGCUAAGAAAUAAAUAAUAAUAAUAAUAAUAAUAAUAUAUAGCAAUAAACUAAUACAAAUAUUAUCCUCUCAGAUCCUCAUUUUAUGUUAUCAAUAUUAAGGCGAUCAUAUCUUUGAGGAUGUUGCUGCAGUUAGCUAAUAAAAUGUGGUUGUAUAUUGUUAUAUAUUUUGAUACGUGUAUUAUUAAUUUAAUUUCCAAUUAACCAUUAACAAAAAAUGAAAAUGUGUUAACAUAAGUUGGUUGUUUACAGGAAACCUAAACCUGCUUCUUUUAAUAUUUGUAAAACAUUUAAUAAAGUCAUUAAACUA